UCUUGCUGCGUCAUAAAUUGGCAAACGACAAAGGAAGGCUGCCCAUCUGCCGAGACCAGAGCUGUAGGUGAGGUCGGGCAGGUAUCUCGCUGGCCACAGCUUGGAGCCAUGGUACAAAGGAUGGACAGGCUACUUACUAGCUUGCAGGUAGCCGCCAGGGCAAAGGGGCACCAUCCCCCGCAUCAUGGCAGCUCGAGGAGCUCUUCUCUCUUAUCUCGAGCAGCUCUCCCACGCCUGUCUCUUUCUUGCUCGCAGAACUACCUGUGCAUGUGGAGACGGGAUCUUAUGUUUCCCUCAAGCUGCCAAUGUGAAUUAGCUGGCAAGACUUGCCUUUUUAUCGCGGAAUAAUUUGACUAGUCUACGACCUGCCUGUUCCCCUCUUCUCCUCUUUGGCUCAUCAGCCAUGGCAGGCAGCAUGGCGCGGGCGAUCAGCAUCGCCGCCGCCCUCCUGACCGCCGACGUGGUGUCGGCGCAGACCUCGAGCGAGCGCGUCUGGGGCUCCGUCGCCUUCGUCUACCACGGCGAGCGGCAGCCGCUGCAGCUGGCCAGCAGCCCGGCGCUGACGCCUGUGGGCGCCGAGCAGAUGCGGGCGCAGGGCGAGCUGCUGCGCGCGCGCUACCUCGCGCGCAACAGCACCGUGUCCCCCCGGCUCGCGGCGGCGGCCGGCUCGGCGCGCAUCCUGAACCUCGAGCGCAACGCCAUCGACAACGCGCAGCUGAGCGUCCAGACGUCGAGCGACCCGCACAUGGGGCCCAGCGCCAUGGCAUUCCUGCAGGGCCUCUACCCGCCCCUCAACCAGUCCGUGUCCAGGGGCGCGGGCGGCAUGGAGAGCGCGACGCUUUAUGACGGGUCGCUGGUCAACUUCCCGCUGGACGGGUACCAGUACCCGCAUAUUCAGACGCUGUCGUCUUCGGACCAGGAGUAUAUCUGGAUCCAAGGCAACCCCUCAUGCCCCAGCUGGGUCUACUCGGCGACGCAGCUGCAGGCGGAACAGCAGCUCAAGGAGCUGGACUGGAACAACACGGACCUGUUUAGGCGCGUGUGGGAGAAGCUGGGUAGCCUGGCACCCUACACGCCCAACACGGUCAACUUCUUCACGGCCGACCGCAUCUACGACCUGGCCCUAUACAACUACACGCACGGGAACCGGACGCUGCCGUCGUCCCUCACGUCGGGUGAGAUGCGCGACCUGGAGGCCCUGGCCGCCAAGCUGGUGCAGAGCCGCAACGGCGACCUGCAGUCCCAGGGGGCGGCCGCGGGUAGCGACAACGACGCCAGCCGCGUCCGCGCCGUGGCCGGGCGCACGCUCGCCGGCAAGGUCGCGCGGCAGAUGCGCGCCGCGGUGCCGCCGCGCCAGCUGCGCGACCCGGCGCAGCCCAAGCUGAGCCUCGUCUUCGGCACGCAGGAGCCAAUGGUCGCCUUUUCCGUGCUCUCGGGCCUGCUCUACGGCGGCUCCUCGGCGUCCACCUUUAGGCGGCUGCCGGGCCACGGCGCCGUCAUGCUGUUUGAGGCCUUUACCGUCGUCUCGGAGGACGCGGACGGCGGCGGUGCGGACCUCGACGAGAAGACGAUGGCGCCGGCCGCCGAGUCGGACAUCCGAGUCCGCUUCCUGUACCGCAACGGCACGGGCGACGACGCGCCCCUGGCUGAGCACCCGCUCUUUGGCAACGGCGCCUCGCAGCGCCACAUGGCCUACCGCGACUUCCUACGGGCUAUGGACGGCGUCGCCGUCGCGUCGGCGCCCGAGUGGUGCCGCCUCUGCGGCUCGGGCGAGCUGUUCUGCCCCCUGCGUGACGCCGACGGGAACCCCAUCAUCGGCGGCGACAGGGACGGGAAAGCAGGCGGUGGUGGUGGUCUCUCGGCCGAGGCGGCGGGCGUCAUCGGCGUCAUCGCGACGCUGACCUUUGUGGCGGUGGCCCUGACCGCGGCGGUGCUGUUUGGCGGGCUGAGGUUCGCGCCGCGGCAGGCGGGCGACGGCAAGGACGGCGAGCGCGGCGGCGGCGGCUUGGGAGGAGCAGGAGGGGUCUUUGCCGCGGGUGUGGUGGGAGGAGGAGGAGGAGGAGGAGGGUUCCGGGGCGCGGAGAAGCGGCAGGAGGAUCCCGACGUCGCGUUUCAAGGCGGGGCGCGACACGAGCGCACGGGGUCGUGGGAGCUCCGCAAUAGUGGAGGUGGAGGUGGAGACGCCCCGGCGGUGCCGCCGCCGGCUGCGUCGCCCAACAGCAGCAGCAGCAGCCCGGUCGGCGCGAGCUUCGCGAGAACGGCGCACCGGGAUGAGGAUGAGGCGAUGCGGCGGGACGAGAUGCUGGAUAGCGACGACACAGCGCGGCUGUUUCAUGCUACUCCGGUGCAGCCGCGGUCGAGUUUGUGAUUUUUUAGUUUUUGUAUACCCCUCGGUCUUUCAUUGUUUUCUUAUAGUAAUAUCUGCCCGACAUUCGGUUUUUGACAACGCUGUCUUAUUUUUCGGCUCGGUAUGUAGCUGGACGAAUCCGAUGCAUUCUUCUCUCGG